AUAGCAGUAAAGUAAACCUAUCCUCGCGAACAGCUGUCGAGCCGACGUCUCUCUACAGUAAGUUCACUGUGGUGUGUAGCGGCCAGUGGGUAAUGCAGACGUAGUGGGUACAUAAAGCGACAGCCGUACACACUACACAUAGCGACAGAAAAAAAUGAAUGAUGGCGAGAAAAAUGGCACCAGACAAAGGAAAGGACCGAGUACCCCAGCUCCACAUUCAACAGUCAUGCUGAUUACAAAACACUGUCGACACCACACCUAUAGAUGUCACCUGGGAGCCUGCGCUCUUCUGUUCCGGUACCACUAAGGAUACCUUAUGCUUUCCACCAUUUUAUUCUUAUCUACGCACGACGUAAAGAUUAAAAAAUAAUAAUAUUAUCGAAAUUCGUGACGACGACAUCGGACAUAUUUCUAUGGGCAUAGGUAAGACAUCAACAAAAAUAAUAUUAUUUACAUAACAUACCUAAGAAGAAGGAGGAAUAAUAUUAUUACAAGAUUUACAAGCAGAACAAUCAAUUGUGGUUUAUUUUAAUAACAUUCAAUAAUGGCUCAUCACUUCAAGGAAGAAGACAUUGAUGAAUUCAGAGAAUGUUUUUAUCUAUUUGCUAGAGAAGGGGUGAUUAAUAAACUAGAUGAACUCAGUGUAAUUAUGCGAUCUCUAGGAAUGAGUCCAACAAUAACUGAAUUAAAGAAAUACUUUUCAGAAAAUAAUGGUAAAUUACAUUUUCCAGAAUUUCUGAAAGUAAUGCACAAUCAUUGUCGUGUAGAAAAACUACCUAAUGAAAUUUUAGCAGCUUUUAAAGCUAAUGAUCGUCAGCACAGUGGAACUAUUCAUAGUAAACAUCUCAAACAUUUAUUGCAAGGUUGGGGAGAACAUUUAAAUAGCAAAGAAGUUGAACAAAUUUUUCGAGAAGCCAAUGUCCAUCCAAAUGGCAAAGUUAACUAUGAUGAAUUUGUAAAAAUUGCUUGCGCACCAAUUCCUGAUUAUUACUAAUUCUCACAUUUGUAAAUGUUUAUUUAUUUAUUUAGUCUUAAGAAUUGAUGUUUCCCUUUUGUUGUGGAAUGUCAUACAUGGGUGUCACUAGAUUCAAAAAUCUGGGGUAGCAUAAAAAAAUAUCUGCAAAAAAUUUGUAUUCCAUUUAUUUUUUGAAAGUGAAAAUAAUUUGUUGCUCGCUAAUAAUAUACAUAAUUCUUACAUAGCGCUUUAUAUUGUAAUACAGCUAAUUUCAUGCCAUUGCAAACUCAAAUUUUUAAUUUUAAAAAUAAAAUUUUUCACAGCAUAAUUAUUGUUUUGUAUAUAAUAUCAACAAUUUUAACUAUGAUAUUUUUACUUAAUACCUACUUUAGUAUGUAACAAGUCAUAACUUAACACAAAAAAAACUAAUCAUUUUUAUUAAGACUUGAGCAAUAAAUAUUGAGUAUAAUUGAUGCAUUUUUAAAAUUCAGAUAUUUAUUUUGGUGUUAGUAAACCAAUACCCUUGCUGUCACGAAAAAAAUGUAUGGAGUAGUAAAAGAAUCCCUUGUGACACCUACGAUGCCAUCCCUAUUAUUUUUCCAUUCACAUACAGUAGAAAUCAGUUAUAACGAGUUUCGAGGGUCAUCUAGUUUUUCUUGUUGUAACCAGUAGCUUGUUAUAAACGUUAUAAUGAGUGUUCGUUGUAACCAGUCAAUCAUCGCAAUAACCGGCUUGGAGUUAGUGAACCAAUCAGAACAUAAUUCUGUAUUAAUUGCUGAUGGCUCACCUAAGAUUUUUCCAAUACCUAUGUUGUGCUUCAAAAUUAAAGAUACAAUUUAUACAUCAACAAAUAAAUAAAUAAGAUAUAACUAGCAGGUUGACCUAAAUGUUUAUAUAAUAGGAAAAAGAUAACAAAUGGCUCGUAAUAACCGAACAUUUAUUUCAUAAUUCAAUGUACUUUACUCGUUAAAGCCAAUAACUUGUAAUAAUCGAACAUUUAUCUUAUAAUUCAAUGUAUUUUACUCAUUAUAUCUGAUGACUGGUAAUAACCAUACUCGUUGUAAACGUAUAUUUUAACAUACAAUCAUAUGGGCUCGUGCCGGGACCUAACGUUUUGCUUGUUUUAAGCAGUAUCUCGCUCUAAACGAUGCUCGUUAUAGUGAUUUCUACUGUAUUUGUAAUAUACUUGGAUUUACACUGCCGAGUAUUAAAAAUGUAGACAUUUGACCAUGUUUUGUGAAACUGCUUGUAUUUGAAUAUUAUUAUUAAUUGUUACUAAUUUAGAAUUUUAUACAAUAUUAUGCCAAUUUUUAAGCAGAAGAUCCUAUGAAAAUGCACAGUGCACAUGUAUGAUUUUUGGUUUUUUAAAAAUAAGGAAAAAAACACUCAACUUCACUAUAAUAUGCUUAUAAGGCUUUAUUUACAAUUUAUGUUUAUUAAAAUAUUAAUAAAUAUUAAA